GGCCGGUUCUCUAAGACGCUACGCAUUUAUUUAUGAGAACACGUGGUUACGAAAUUUAAAGUCACCAGCAGGUCAUAUUGAGAUUAUAACUAUUUUAAAAAUCUGAGAACUCGGAUAUUUCAUACAUCUUACGGCAUACCGAACCGACUCUCACCACAAAUCAGUCUCACUUAUCACCUCGGAGAGAAAUACCAAAUAAAAAUGGGGUCGACAAAUGAAGGAUCAUAUACCGCUCCAGCCGAGGAAGUAUCCUUUGCUGGACUUCUAUUUGACUUGGACGGCACAAUUAUCGAUUCCACAGAUGCAGUUGUGAAGCAUUGGCACCAGAUCGGAAAGGAGAUUGGCGUGGACCCAAAUGUUAUCCUGCAGACCUCGCACGGCAGGCGCAGUAUAGACGUUCUCAAAAUUAUAAGCCCCGAGAAGGCCAACUGGGAAUAUGUAUGCGAAGUGGAAGGCCAAAUACCCGCCCGCUACGGAGCAGACGCCACUGAGAUCCUCGGCGCCCGCGCCCUCUGCGAUUCCCUCUCCGCCACCACUCCUCCAGUUCCGUGGGCCAUCGUGACCUCCGGAACCGCUCCCUUAGCCAACGGCUGGCUCCGCAUCCUCAAACUCCCAGCCCCUGAGCACUUCGUGACCGCGGAGUCCGUGGCGAACGGCAAGCCAGAUCCGCAGGGCUACCUGAUGGGUGCUGAGUCUCUUAAGCUUGACCCUAAGGGGCUGCUAGUGCUGGAGGAUAGCCCUGCGGGAAUUAAGGCCGGAAAGGCGGCUGGGUGCAGGGUAUUGGGCGUGGCGACCACGCAUACGGCGAAGGAGGUCAAGGAGGCGGGUGCGGAUUGGGUUGUGGAGGAUUUGAGGAGUGUUACUGUUGCGAGGGUGGGGGAGGAGGGAGGAGUUGUGCUUAAGAUCAGUGAGGGGUGGGUUGGAAACUAAUUAGACGGGUACUAGGAGGCGUAGAGAAAGGAAUCUGCUUGAUGUUUGUUUUGUUUUUAGGCGGCAUUCCGAACAUGGAUAUACGGAGUUACCCAAGAGGGGUUUAGAGCCGGCAACCCCAGACGAUGGUACUGGGAGGUAGAAUAGCAACCUUAUGAACUACCAAU